AGUUUUCGGCGAGAGGUUUACACCUGUUCAAUACUUUGAUGAAUGGGUUCAUAACGCAUUUACCUGCGAUACACGUGGAAAUUAAACGUCGCAACGGCUUAAAAUCGACGAUAAGACAUUUUAAAACUUGAUAAAAUGCGAAGGUUUAAACGUUUUGAUUGCAGGAUAUUCAUGCAAGAUUUUUGAUACGUUUGUAAUUUAAUAGUGAUUUAUUCCACAAACUAACAUAAUAUAUGAUUUAUGGACUAUUUGAUGUUAGAGAUUUAUCAUAACUGAAGAUUUCAUAUACUGUUAAACCCACCUGUUAAAACGUUUAAGAGGGCGAGCGAGGAAGUGUAGUGAAAAGGGAAAUUUAUACCUAUAUAAUUGUGAUUUAAUGUAAUUGGUGCAUAUGGGUGUGAAUGCAUUUACGAUGUAGAAGUCUGAAUAGCGGCUGUGAAAGAAAUUCAUUUUUUUUUCUGUCUGGAGUUUUAUGAUGUAGUUUUAUUAAGAUAAAAAUAAACGGCUUUAAAAAGGAUUUGGUUGGAAUUAAUAUUGGACGAAGCAGGAUUUACUUAAUGUUUUCCCUAAGAGAUAAGAUGAUUAAAGGAUAGACAUGUCUUCAAACUGCAAAGGAAAAUCUGUGGAAUCUAAAAUUUGCAUUCUUGGAGGCCCUGGUGUAGGUAAAUCAGCUUUAGUUGUAAGGUUCCUCACGAGACGCUUCAUUUGGGAGUACGAUCCAACAUUAGAAUGCACGUACAAACAUCAUACAACAAUAGAUGACGAACCUGUUGCCAUGGAAAUACUUGAUACUGCUGGACAGGAAUGGACGAUGCACAGGGAUGGUCACGUGAGAUGGGCAGACGGCUUUGUGCUCGUGUAUGCCGUCAACGACAGACAGAGUUUCGAGGAAGCCUGUAACUUAAAACAAUGCAUAGACGAUAUCAAGAAAACAAACGUACAGUGUGUACUUGUUGGCAAUAAAAUAGACUUACUUCACGAAGUAAAUGUACCCUCUAGCGAGGGAGAGCGUGUGGCAUCCGACUGGGCAUGCGCGUUUUUCGAAACUUCCGCUUCCGAUGGAGGCGAUGAAAUUUACGAGUUAUUCCAUGAACUACAUAGAGAAAUAAGAAGACGUAAAUUGUUGGAAAGUAAACCAAGGAGACGAAGUUCUGCUCAUCAGAUGCGACAGGUGCUAACGAAGAUGUUUAAAACACAAACUAAUAAAUUGAGCAGUCCCACGUGAAAAAUAUAUGGUUUACACCAAGACUAAGAGUGAUAGUGCUUCUUGUGAUAUUUUAUGUAUACAAACAUUCGCUUUAAAUAAUUAAAAUUAAUUUUCAUUCAUUCUAUUAUAUAUUGAUUGCUUUGUUUCAAAUAAAUUACUUCAACAGA